UUUUGUUACAAAUUAAAAAUACUAUUUUACAUUGUGCUUUCUGCUUACCGCGUAUUGUUUAAAGAUUUUAUUAAAUAACGGUAUGGUUACUGAAGUUUAGCGAUCAUGUAAAUUGUAAAUGAUGUACUGUAGUAAACAUCGUACCUUCGUUAAUAAUAAUAUCAUCUAACGCCGUCGGGCGAUCAUUAAAUGCACGGAAAUCGUUGGCCAAACAAAUUGUUUUCCUGAUCGUUUAGAAAUUUAAACUAUCACCAUUAACAAUAGCCAUCAUUAUGAGCGGUCAAGACGUGGUUAUUUACGAACACGAAAUGAAAAACUACGAGAUGAUGUUGACAGAGUUCUAUGACGCAAAUUCCAGUAACGCCGUAAAACUAUGUAUGCAAGAAGAAUUCGACAAGUUUGGUGAGCGAGACAAAUGUUGGGUGCAGUGUUGUUACAACCUGGAGAACAGUAAAAACCAAUAUUUGUUAAUGUUCAGCCUAAACAUAAUGGAGAUGAUCAUUAAUAAGAAAUGGGAAAAAAUGACUUUUAAAUCCCAAGAAACACUGAGGGAAGCAAUUUUUAACCAUAUUGUAAUGAAACACAAUGAAUAUCCAAAAUAUAUGAUCAGUAAAAUGAUCAAGUUAUUAGUUGAUAUAGCACGUAAUGAUUGGCCUUUGCGGUAUCCAAAUUUUAUUGAUCAUAUUGCACAAUUGCUUAUAAAUCCUGAUCAAGUUCUUUUGGGCUUGUCAUUUUUGCUUUUGUCAUCUGAAGAAUUUAUUAGCCCCAAAGAAGAUCUUUUAGGUAAAAGAAGACAUGAACUGAAAGUAAAUUUUUUGAAGCACAUUCCUAAAUUGUUUGAAAUACUUUCAGACAUUUUAAAAAAUGCCCACAAAACUUCAAACUCUGAUGAAAUAUAUGAAGCAGUUACAAAAGUAUUUUCUGAUAUGUUUACAUGGCUUCCAUUUGAAAAGUAUCUGACCCCAGAUUUAUUACAUGUCUUGAUGCCCUUAGGGAAAAAAGAGAAUGCUACAGCCAUUAACACAUUGACUAUAUUUAAUGAAGUUCUAAGUAAAUCAUACACUCAAACAGAAGAUAGAUAUUUCAUUUUGUCUGAGUUAUGUCUUUAUACAUUCCGUUUAGUUGAAAAUAUCAUUUCUGUUCCUGAAAUUGGUUUUGUAAACGAAGCUUACAUGAUUAUAAUCAUUGAAAUUCUCUCUGUAGUCAUUAGAAAAUAUUGGAACUAUCUUGAUAAUCAUUUUAAUAAUGGUGAAUUUUUAGAAUUACUGUUACAAUUUACAUUCCGGCAAGAUGUUUUAGAUUGUUAUUAUCAAUGCUUGGAUAUAUGGAGUAGCAUUUUUGAAGCAUUAUCUGAUCGUCCUGAAUGUAUUGAAAAGUAUCGGCAUAUAUUUUUAGAUCUUGUUGAAAGAGUGACACAAAAAAUUAAUACUUUCGGCAAUAUAAAUGAUGAAACAUAUGAUGACGAUGGACAAACUGAAUGUCAAAUAUUUUUAAAUAAAAAUAUUGAAAUCAUAUCAAAUGUGGCACAUCUUUAUCCAGUCAUUGCUGUGCCUGUGGUCGAUAAUUGGAAAGUCUAUAUAAAUGAUUACAUAACAAUACUAAAUUCGCCCAUGUUACUGGAAAACUUUAAAGAUUCUAAGUGCAUGUUUUUAGUUCCAUCUACUAGGACUUUAACAAGCCUGAGUGGCUAUUAUGAAGAUUCUAUGAAAAUUGCGAUUACAAAAAUGCUCAAUGAUAUUGCAAUUCAAGGUGUUGCUACAACUCCACUUUACCAAUUACCUGUAUCACAAUCAACCACAAAAACUCUAAUUCAAAUUCAGAGCGAAAUACUUACGGCUUUAUCAAGGUGGAUGCAUUUAUUAAACAACAACAAACAAUUUUGUAUGGAACAGAAUCGAGAAAAACUUUUUUCCGUUUUAGUUACAUCUUUACAAGACACGAGUCAACCCACUCAGAUUCAUGAUGCUUGUGGAAUUCUAUUACCAACAGUUACUGAACCAAUGCUUGUUCAUAUAAGCGAGUACACAUCAUUGCUAGAACAAUUAUUAUCACCAUUUUUAGAUGGUUCUAUUACACUUAAUCAUUUAAAUAAAAAGACUCGUUUGUCAGUAAGGGUAACAUCUUUAAAAUUUCUUUUGACUUGUCCAAGUCAAGAAGAAGAAAUAAAAGUAUUGGUUCUUAUGAAUUAUUUAAAGUCAUUAGCACCAUCUGGAUUAAACGAUUUAAAAAUGUUAACUGAUGUUCUUGUCAGCAGUGGACCUUACAAAAUAUCUACCAGAAGGAUUAUUUAUCGGGCUGUUGAACCAUGUUUGGUUGAAGCAAUUACUCAGUUAAAAAAUGAUAUGCAAUCAGAGUCUUCUCUGAAUCAACAAAUGGAAAAAUGCGAACGAGUGAUUACAUUUUUAUCAGAAAUGUAUGAACUGUUGCAUGAUACUAUGUCACCUCAAUUUGUACAAAUUCUUAUGCAAACUUUUGUUGACUUGGAUAUGAUAUGGUCAGCUAGUACAAUGUUGACAAUCAAAAUGCUUGAAGUUUUAUCAUUAAUUAUUAAACAUUCUUCUAAAUCAAAUAAAGAAUUUACAUCUGUAGUAAUUAAAUUAGCAUUAGAGAAAUUAAUUCCUUUGGUAGCUUCUAACUGCUAUCCACCAACAGUCUCCGCACUUUAUAAUUUGCUCUAUUGUGUUUUAAUGUUUAAAUGGAGAUAUUUUUUUCCUGCUUCUACAUCUUUCUCUGUGCUGCAUUCUACUAACGAUAAUAACAUUGAUAAUUCUGAACAGUUUACUACAAUAUUGGAAGUAAUAGGAUACUCGUUUAUGACAAAUGAUAUAAGUAUUUUUUCACAAAACCUAAAAGCCAUUGAAGAAUUACACAUGCAAUGGAAUUUAUAUGCAAAGGAAUAUUUCAAACAUUAUUUUCUCAGCAAAUAUAUGACUGUAUUAUUGAAUGUUAUGGUUAAUAAAAGCCACACAAUACUAUCUGAUGAAAUAUCAUUGGCUAUUUACAAUAUGGCCAGUGUGGACUUUGAUUAUUUUUUUUCUAAAUUUUUACCUGAUUAUUUGAAACAAACAGAUAAUAUACGUAAUGAUCAGCGACAAUUUUUAAGGCAAAAACGCAUGCAGCCAGUCAAGGAAUUACCAACAUUUAUGGUUAAUCUUGCCCAGCUAACAAAUGACAUAAGAUGUUCAAAACAAAUUUGAACCAACUCAAAAAAGUAAAAUGACUGAUUUUUUUUACUUUGUUUAUGUACUUCACCCUUGA